AUGCCUACAGAACUGGAAGAAUUGGUGGCUUUCCUCCACUCGCCUCAACCCGCAGUUGUUCAGAUUGCCUUGGACAACCUCGUGGGCUAUUCGCAAGGCCAGCAUCAACAGAUAUUUGCGUACGACGACUACAGAGCCAUCACAGAUCUCAAGCUUUUAAGUAAAAGCAAAGGAAGGACCCUGGUGAACCAAAGUGUGACGAUCUUAAUCAAUCUCUGUGACGAUGUUCGUAUGAGAAACUUGAUUGUGGAAGACACAGAGUAUGUUAAGUUUCUUGUGAGUCAAAUCAUUAACUUGAGCAAUGCCAACGCUGAUUUGAUGACCAUACUCUUAACCAACAUUGCCAAGAACGAUAAGAUCACUCGAGUGUUUGGGUUUGAAAUGGAGUUAUCGGAAGACCAACAUCAAGUGUUCAAAUCCACUAAAGCCAUGGAUUGUCUUAUGGACUGUUUUGUUAAGGGAAGUGAUCGUUCCUUAAACAGAUAUGCCGAUUUUGACUAUUUAUCAUACUUUUUUGCUGAUAUCUCCCGGUUCUCCUUGGGAAGAAAGUACUUUAUUACUCGUCAACAAUAUGAUGAUGUGGUUCCUAUAUCCAAGUUGUUGGUAUUCACUGAGAAAUACGACUCCAAGAUCCGUCGAGAGGGAGUGGCCUCUACCAUAAAGAACUCCUUAUUUGACAGUAAGGAACACAUGGAGCUAUUGACCAAUGAGGACAUCAAUAUCUUGCCCUACAUAUUGCUACCUCUUGCCGGACCGGAGGAAUUGGACGAAGAAGACAUGUUCAAUUUACCGGACGAGUUGCAGUUACUUCCAGAAGAUAAGCAAAGAGACCCCGUGGAAGCCAUUCUCAUCACCCAUUUGGAAUCGCUCUUGUUGCUCUGUACCACCCGAGAAGUCAGAGAGUAUCUUCGGGAAAAAUCCGUUUAUCCGUUGGUCAGAGAGUUACACAAGACCAUGGAGUCAAACGAAGAGUUCCAAAAUCACUGUGAUCGAGUGGUUCAAUUGUUGAUGAGAGAUGAAGCCCCAGAGGGCCAUGAUGAGAUUGACAUGGAAGAGUCUGAUGAUGAAGAUGAAGAUAAGAUUGUGGAAAUAUUAUAA